AUGGCAGCCCCAGGUCGAGCUCCAGCCCCCGCGCCCACAUCACGAAGCCGCGAAGCACCACAAGGCGACGAGGAAGCAGCCGCUGAGCUCAAAUUAGGAGAAUUCCAGGACGUGGACGCCUUGACACACAGUGAAGCUAUGCUCGUCAUCAACGCUCUUGUCGCGAAGCGGAGAAUGGAUAAGAAGAAUAUUAAUGAGACUGAAAUGCUCAUGAAAACCACCGACUACCUAGACCACUUCGCGCGCUUCAAACGCAAAGAAAACGUCGAAGCCGUGGAACGUCUGCUCUCCGCCCACAAAGAACUCGCCAAGUUCGAGCGCGCGCAACUCGGUUCUCUCUGCUGCGACACGGCGGAGGAGGCAAAGACCCUGAUUCCGAGUUUGCAGGAUAAGAUUGGCGAUGAGGAGUUGCAGGAUCUGUUGGAUGAGAUUACGAAGUUGAUGGGGUAUGGGAAUUGA